GUCCUUGGGUUCGAAGGCCGGUCGGCCGAGGUGCGGGAGCGCGCUGCGCUGGCCUGUGGGGACGGCGGCUGCCCGUGGAGGAGCCCCCGGACUCGGCGGCGCGGCCCGGGUCCCACCCUCCCGGUCCCGGCGCCGCUGCCGUGGUCCGGGCUGUGUGGCAUUCCUUCGCGUCCCCCUCUUCCCGCCUCCACCCACGCUGCUUUCCGCCCAUUCACUCGGGAGGGUUUCUUGAAUGCCUGCACCGGCGCCGAGCUGGCGAGCCGGGAACCCUGCCGAGUGUCUAAGAUCCGGUCUUGAAUUCUCAGUUCUCCUGCUUCAGCAUCUAGACUGCUGGGAUUACAGUGUGUACCACCCCGCAUAUCCCUCCUGGGCAGUCGGACUGUCUUUACUUCUGUCUUGAUAGAACUUUUGCUAAGGAAAUGAUUUGGUGAUGGAGUGUUCCUCCUGACCGAUGGACUCAAAGAAGAAAAGCUCAACAGAGGCAGAAGGAUCCAAAGAAAGAGGCCUGGUCCAUGUCUGGCAGGCAGGAUCCUUUUCUCUAACACCAGAGAGGUUGCCAGGCUGGGGAGGAAAGACGGUUCUUCAGGCAGCCCUUGGCGUGAAGCAUGGAGUUCUUCUGACUGAAGAUGGCGAAGUCUACAGCUUUGGGAUGCUUCCCUGGAAAAGGGAAUCAGCAGAAACUUGUCCAAGCAGCCCCCUUCUAGAGAGUGCCCUGGUUGGGCAUCAUGUUGUCACUGUGGCAACAGGGAGCUUCCACAGCGGAGCAGUGACAGAAAGUGGGGUGGUGUACAUGUGGGGGGAGAACGCUGCCGGCCAGUGCGCAGUAGCUAACCAGCAGUAUGUGCCGGAGCCGAGUCCCGUCAGCAUCUCUGACUCGGAGACCAGCCCUGUGUUAGCGGUUAGGAUUCUACAGUUGGCGUGUGGCGAGGAACACACACUGGCAUUGUCGAUCAGCAGAGAGAUCUGGGCAUGGGGCACCGGCUGUCAGCUGGGUCUCAUCACCACCACCUUCCCGGUGACAAAGCCGCAAAAGGUGGAGCACCUCGCCGGGCGAGUGGUGCUCCAGGUUGCCUGUGGUGCAUUCCACAGCCUCGCCCUGGUGCAGUGCCUCCCUCCCCAGGAUCUGAAGCCAGUCCCGGAGAGAUGCAAUCAGUGCAGCCAGCUGCUCAUCACUAUGACGGACAAAGAGGACCAUGUGAUCAUCUCAGACAGCCAUUGCUGCCCGUUAGGUGUGACACUGUCCGAAUCCCAAGCAGAAGAUCAUGCCGGCACUGCCACCAGCCCUCACCCAGAGUCACUGGAUGGGCAGGGAGAGGUAUUUGAGAACCCUCUGGUAGAAGCUGAACCGAACGUGGGAAACGUGCAGACCGCGAGGGGCACUGCCGUCUCCUCUCAGCAGAACAUUGUGGGAACUGCCGAGGUGUCUUCAGCCGGAACUGCUCCCUCGUACCCCGACACCCAGGCAGUAACUGCCUACCUGCAGAAGCUGUCGGAGCAUUCAGUGAGGGAGAGCCAUGAGCAAGGAGAAGAGCCACCCCAGGCCCAGCCUCUUACAGAAGAAGCAGGCCCUGAUCUUCACAGUCCACCAACCACAAGCACCUCAGCCCUCAACAGCCUGGUGGUCUCGUGUGCGUCUGCUGUUGGUGUGAGAGUGGCGGCCACAUAUGAAGCCUUGUCUCUCAAGAAAGUUAUGAACUUUUACAGUACUGCCGCCGGUGAGGCGGGAGUUCCGCCAGGCAGUGCUUCCACAGGCCCUGAAGGUCUGAAAGACCUCAGAGAAGAGCAGGUGAAACAGGAAUCCAUACAAGCGAAGAAAAGCUCAAGUCUCGUGGAUAUCAGAGAGGAAGAGUCGGAGGCAGGGAGUCGAAGACUCUCCCUCCCAGGACUGUUGUCGCAAGUUUCCCCCAGGCUCCUAAGGAAGGCCGCAAGGGCAAAAACUCGGACAGUGGUUCUGACUCCUACAUACAGCGGAGAAGCAGACGCCCUCCUGCCUUCCCUGAGAACAGAGGUGUGGACCUGGGGGAAAGGCAAGGAGGGGCAGCUGGGCCAUGGAGAUGUGCUGCCCAGGCUUCAGCCAUUGUGUGUCAAGUGUCUGGAUGGUAAGGAGGUGAUCCACCUGGAGGCAGGUGGCUCCCACUCUCUUGCACUUACUGCGAAAUCUCAGGUUUACUCGUGGGGUAGCAAUACCUUUGGUCAACUCGGGCAUUCUGACUUCCCGACCACAGUUCCUCGGCUCUCGAAGGUUAGCAGUGAGAAUGGAGUCUGGAGUGUAGCUGCAGGCCAGGAUUAUUCCUUGUUUUUAGUGGACACUGAAGACUUCCAGCCUGGCUUGUAUUACAGUGGCCGACAGGACCCUGCAGAAGGUGACACCCUGCCAGAGAACCCCAGUGGCACAAAGACUCCAGUACUUCUCUCCUGUAGUAAGCUUGGAUAUAUAAGCAGAGUAGCAGCAGGAAAAGAUAGCUACCUAGCCUUGGUGGACAAAAACAUCAUGGGGUAUAUCGCCAGUCUCCACGAGUUGGCUACCACGGAAAGACGGCUUUACUCAAAACUGAGUGAAAUCAAAUCACAGAUACUUAGGCCGCUUCUCGGUUUAGAAAAUUUGGGCACUGUGACUACUGUCCAGCUGUUGCAGGAAGUUGCAAGCCGAUUCAGCAAGUUGUGUUACCUCAUUGGGCAGCAUGGAGCCUCACUGAGCAGCUUUCUGCAGGGAGUGAAGGAAGCCAAGAGCCUGGUCCUCAUGAAGCACUCAAGUCUUUUCUUGGACAGUUACACAGAGUACUGCACAUCCAUUUCAAAUUUCCUGGUUAUGGGAGGAUUCCAGCUUCUUGCCAAGCCUGCCAUUGAUUUCCUAAAUAAAAACCAAGAGCUCUUGCAAGAUUUGUCAGAAGUGAAUGAUGAGAACACUCAGUUGAUGGAAAUACUGAAUACGCUGUUUUUCUUGCCAAUCAGACGUCUUCAUAAUUAUGCAAAAGUUUUGCUAAAGCUUGCCACAUGCUUUGAAGUGACAUCUCCAGAAUAUCAGAAGUUGCAGGACUCCAGUUCUUGUUAUGAGUCUCUUGCUCUCCAUCUCGGCAGGAAGAGGAAGGAAGCUGAGUACACCCUGGGCUUCUGGAAGACCUUCCCUGGAAAGAUGACGGAUUCCUUGAGGAAGCCAGAGCGCCGACUGCUGUGUGAGAGCAGUAACCGAGCCCUCUCGCUGCAGCAUGCUGGAAGGUUUUCUGUGAACUGGUUCAUUCUCUUCAAUGAUGCCCUGGUCCAUGCUCAGUUCUCCACACACCAUGUAUUCCCUUUGGCCACACUCUGGGCAGAGCCACUUUCUGAAGAAGCUGGGAGCGUGAAUGGCUUAAAGAUAACCACCCCUGAAGAACAGUUCACGCUCAUUUCCUCAACACCCCAGGAAAAGACCAAGUGGCUUCGGGCUAUCAGCCAAGCUGUAGAUCAGGCUUUGAGGGGGGCAUCCGACUUCCCACUUUACGGAGGAGGAGGAGGCGGCGGCGGCGUUCAGAGGCAGGAACCACCCAUCUCAAGAAGUGCCAAAUACACUUUCUACAAGGAUCCCCGCCUAAAGGAUGCGACUUACGAUGGGCGCUGGCUUUCAGGGAAGCCUCACGGCAGGGGUGUUCUGAAGUGGCCCGAUGGAAAGAUGUACUCUGGCAUGUUCAGGAAUGGCUUGGAAGAUGGAUACGGUGAAUACCGAAUCCCAAACAAGGCCCUCAACAAAGAAGACCAUUAUGUGGGCCAUUGGAAAGAGGGGAAAAUGUGUGGCCAGGGUGUCUAUAGCUAUGCCUCUGGUGAAGUGUUUGAAGGCUGUUUUCAAGAUAACAUGCGCCAUGGGCACGGUCUCCUCCGGAGUGGAAAGCUGACUUCUUCUUCUCCCAGCAUGUUCAUUGGCCAGUGGGUGAUGGAUAAGAAGGCAGGAUAUGGCGUCUUUGAUGACAUCACUAGGGGAGAAAAGUACAUGGGAAUGUGGCAAGAUGAUGUAUGCCAAGGGAACGGAGUGGUAGUUACCCAGUUUGGGCUGUACUACGAAGGCAACUUCCACCUUAAUAAAAUGACAGGAAAUGGGGUUUUGCUUUCAGAAGAUGAUACUAUCUAUGAAGGAGAGUUUUCCGAUGACUGGACUCUUAGUGGAAAGGGAACAUUGACUAUGCCAAAUGGAGACUAUAUUGAAGGUUAUUUUAGUGGAGAAUGGGGAUCUGGGAUAAAAGUCACUGGAACCUACUUCAAACCUAGCCUGUAUGAGAGUGAUAAAGACAGACCCAAAGCCUUCAGGAAGCUGGGAAACCUGGCGGUGGCCGCUGAUGAGAAAUGGAGAGCAGUGUUUGAUGAAUGUUGGCACCAGCUGGGCUGUGAGAGCCCAGGCCAAGGGGAAGUUUGGAAAGCAUGGGAUAACAUUGCUGUGGCCUUGACCACCAAUCGCCGCCAGCACAGAGACAGCCCAGAGACACUAAGCCGUUCACAGACUCAGACACUGGAGAGUUUGGAGUACAUCCCCCAGCAUGUUGGUGCCUUCUCUGUGGAGAAGUAUGACGACAUCAAGAAGUAUUUAAUAAAGGCCUGUGACACCCCUCUGCAUCCGCUGGGCAGGCUCGUGGAGACCCUGGUCGCAGUGUAUAGAAUGACGUACGUGGGCGUGGGGGCCAACCGCCGCUUACUGCAGGAGGCCGUGAAGGAGAUCAAGUCCUAUCUCAAGCGGAUUUUUCAGCUGGUGAGGUUCUUAUUUCCUGAGCUUCCUGAAGAGGGCAGCACAAUUCCUCUCUCUGCUCCUCUGCCCGCUGGAAGGAGAUCCUUCUGCACCGGAAAGUCGGAUUCCAGAUCCGAGUCUCCAGAGCCAGGUUAUGUGGUAACAAGUUCUGGCCUGCUGCUUCCUGUGCUGCUGCCUCGCCUCUACCCACCGCUAUUCAUGCUCUACGCCCUGGAUAACGACCGGGAGGAAGAUGUUUACUGGGAGUGUGUGCUUCGACUAAACAAGCAGCCGGAUAUUGCUCUCCUGGGCUUCCUUGGGGUGCAGAGGAAAUUCUGGCCAGCAACCCUGUCAAUCCUCGGAGAGAGUAAAAAGGUUUUGCCAGCCACAAGGGAUGCUUGCUUUGCAUCUGCAGUGGAGUGUCUGCAGCAGAUCAGCACAACAUUUACUCCAUCAGACAAACUUAAAGUCAUCCAGCAGACCUUUGAAGAGAUCUCCCAGAGCGUCCUGGCGUCGCUGCAGGAGGACUUCCUUUGGUCCAUGGAUGACUUGUUCCCUGUCUUCUUGUAUGUGGUGCUCCGGGCCAGGAUUCGGAAUUUAGGCUCUGAAGUUCACCUCAUUGAAGAUCUGAUGGACCCCUAUCUCCAGCACGGGGAGCAAGGCAUAAUGUUCACCACCCUGAAGGCGUGUUAUUACCAGAUCCAGCGGGAGAGGCUGAACUAGAACGGGAGCCAGGCUAUCUGCUGUGGAGGCCGCGACCCCGUCUGGAGUCUCUGGUGGGGGCACGGAACACUGUUGAAACUGGAAUGGACUUGAUGUUGUUUUGGUUGUAAUUUCUGAGCCUUACUAAUACUUAGAUCCCUGAGCCCAGGGUGGAAAACGUACUGUAUUGUUCAAGUGGACGCUGGGAAAGGAAAUAGGAAUCAGGUUAGACAGCCCUUGGCCUGUGCUAAGAUCCGUUCACCUGCUCAGAAAAGGAAACCGGGUUACCCUUUCCUGAAGUGAAAGCUCUCCGCUCCGUGAAGUGACAGGAAGUGUCCAAGAAAGCUGCUGACAUGAACGAAGUUGGUGACUAUCUGUAAGAUCCUACUUGGUCCAAAUCCAUUUGCACUGACCCUCAUCCCUUGGCAAGGAGCUGGUUUUACUUGAGACUGAAAUAGCCAGCUGUACCUUACCUUCCUGGACCCUUUCUAGCCACAUGUGAAGCAUGCUACUUGGCUAGGGGAAGGAGAAGAAUUUUUAAACUGCAGUUUUAACCUUUUUAAAGCCCCUCCACCAGGGUAUCCCGUGAGGAGACACCAACCCCCUGGUUCCAACAUGGAACGCGUCCUGGAAUGCGUCCAAAUAAGAUCUUCUGCCUCCUGAUGAAAAAGAACAUAGGAAUCCACUGGAAUGCAAACACUGACCCUGAGCUGCUACACGCCUCACUGGUCUGGGGCAAGCUGCGUUCCCAGGAGGCUCCUGAGCUUCUGAGCACAAGCUUGUGUGGAAACUGAAGACAGGAAAUGUGGAAGGAAGCAAGGAACCGCAGCAGCCCCAGCCCAGAGUGUGGGUCUUCCCUGAACCUCACACUGAACUCAGGAAGGAAGGAGAGACACACUGGCAUUUCCCACCUCAAAAGUAUUGUGACAUGGCAACAUUUUCACGGUUUGCUUUUUUACAAACAUCCCACUGUAGGUUGUCGGUUUACACCCUAGCGGUAACGCUGGUAGCUGUCCGGAUAACACAGGUGCUCUUCCGUCUCAUCUGCUGUGCUCCAGGCUGAGCACGGUGUCCUGAUUCAUGUGAAGUGACUCAGCAGGCGUUACUUUUGAAAAGGAUCAUGAUUUAUGAGCUACUUUGUAAUCAAGACAAGCAUUUGUUAAAACACUGUUUCGGAGUGUUGGCUGUAAUGUAACAGCACUUUUCAUAAUAAAUGACAUCCAUCUCUAAGAA